GACAGAAAAGACAACCAGGAGGAUAUUUAUUGAUCUGCCUAUUGUUUCGGAUGCUGCUUUCUGCCCUUCUCAUUGUGCAGAGAGAAAGAAGACAUCUCUUGAGCAAGUGGUAGAGGAAGAGUACACACGUAGGCAGGGAGAGCAUAGCAACCAGGCUCUACCAUGCAGAAGAGCCAGGAGCAUCAUGCUCAAAAGCCAGUCAUUCCAGACUUGUUAAUGACUCCUAGUGACCAAGGAGAUGGUGACCUAGAGACCGAAUAUCCUGAAGACAGGGGAAAUUGGACAGGCAAGCUGGAUUUCCUUUUGUCUUGUAUUGGCUACUGCGUUGGAUUGGGGAAUGUUUGGAGAUUUCCAUAUCGUGCCUAUACAAAUGGGGGAGGGGCAUUCCUAGUUCCUUAUUUCAUUAUGUUGGCUAUAUGUGGGAUACCCAUCUUCUUCAUGGAGCUGUCAUUAGGCCAGUUCUCAAGCCUGGGGCCUCUUGCUGUUUGGAAGAUAAGCCCACUCUUCAAAG